AGGAACAGCCGCCUUCCCCUUCCCAACUGAAGCCCUUCGAAUCCUCGCCUUCCCUUCCUCCGAUGGAGAUCAUCUUUGGGCCUUCCAUCUUCGGAUGAUGAGGAGAGCGUGAGUGAGAACCAUCAAAGCAUGGUCUAGAGAGAGAAAGAGAGUGUGGGGGAGGAGUGGAACAACAGCGAUGGCGGAGAGGCGGAAGUCAGGGUUGUUCAACGUGUCGGUGCCGACCAGCUGCUUCCAGGAGGCGGAGAGGGAGCUGUCGAGGGACGGCAGCCAUUACAGUCUGUCGAGUGGCAUUCUCCCCUCCCUCGGCGCGAGGAGUAACCGUCGGGUCAAGCUCCGAUCCUUCAUCGUGUCCCCUUACGAUCGAAGAUACAGAGCAUGGGAGACUUUCUUGAUCAUUCUGGUCAUCUACUCUGCUUGGGUAUCUCCUUUCGAGUUUGGGUUCCUUGAGGAUUCAAGGGGCUCUCUUGCCCUGGUAGACAACAUCGUCAAUGCGUUCUUUGCCAUCGAUAUCAUGUUGACCUUCUUCGUGGCCUACCUCGACAAAGCAACCUAUCUGCUUGUCGACGAUCGUAAGAAAAUAGCUUGGAGGUACUUGCACAGUUGGUUUAUUCUCGAUGUUGCCUCCACAAUCCCUUCUGAAAUCGCCAGAAAAAUGCUGCCUCCUAAGAUCCGAUCUUAUGGAUUCUUCAACAUGCUACGGCUUUGGCGUCUCCGGAGAGUCAGCGCACUAUUUGCUAGGCUAGAAAAAGAUAGGAACUUCAAUUACUUUUGGGUUCGAUGCGCAAAACUUAUUUGUGUAACAGUAUUUGCUAUUCAUUGUGCUGGGUGCUUCUAUUUUCUUCUUGCUGCAAAGCAUCAUGAUCCUAGCCAAACUUGGAUUGGUGCUUCCAUGCCAGAUUUUCAUGAGCAAAGCUUGUGGAUCCAGUAUGUAACGUCAAUGUACUGGUCAAUCACCACCCUUACGACGGUCGGCUAUGGUGACUUGCAUGCUGAAAAUAUUGGGGAGAUGAUUUUUAACACUUUUUACAUGCUCUUUAACCUUGGAUUGACAGCCUAUUUGAUUGGUAAUAUGACCAAUUUGGUUGUUCAUGGCACUAGAAGAACUAGAAAAUAUAGGGAUACUAUUCAAGCAGCCACAGGUUUUGCACAGAGAAACCAUCUCCCUGAACGGCUGCAAGACCAGAUGAUCUCACAUCUCAGUUUAAAGUUCAGGACUGAUUCAGAAGGGCUUCAGCAGCAAGAGACUUUGGAUGCUCUUCCAAAAGCAAUCCGAUCCAGCAUUUCUCACUAUUUAUUUUACUCUCUUGUUCAAAAGGUGUACUUGUUUCAAGGAGUUUCUCAGGACCUGCUGUUUCAACUGGUCUCCGAGAUGAAAGGUGAAUACUUUCCUCCAGGGGAAGAUGUGAUCUUGCAGAAUGAAGCACCUACAGAUUUUUACAUACUAGUGACUGGCACUUUGGAGGUAAUAAAUCACAAGGAUGAAAAAGAGAUUGUUCAGGUCGCAAAAAAAGGUGAUGUACUUGGAGAGAUUGGGGUUCUUUGUUACAGACCUCAACUGUUCACAGUGCGAACAAGAUCGCUGUGCCAACUAUUACGUUUAAACCGAACUGUCUUCCACAGUAUCAUUCAAUCGAACAUCGGGGAUGGAACAAUAAUCAUCAAUAACUUUCUACAGCAUCUCAAGGAGCAGGUAGAUGAUCCUUUGAUGGAAGGACUUCUAAGAGAAACAGAAAGCAUGCUGACCCAUGGCCGAUUGGAUUUGCCUCUUACUCUAUGUUUCGCAGUUAUCAGAGAAGAUGAUUUGUUGUUACGUCAACUGCUAAAACGCGAAUUAGAUCCAAAUGAGUCAGAUAACAAUGGACACACAGCACUGCAUAUAGCAGCAUCAAAGGGAAAUGAGCAUUGUGUUUGUCUCUUGCUAGAUAAAGGGGCAGAUCCCAAUCGUAGAGAUUCAGAAGGGAGCGUUCCUUUGUGGGAGGCCAUCCUCGGGAGGCACGAGCAAGUGGCAAAAGUACUCAGAGAGAACGGUGCACAACUCUUGUCCGGCGACAUGGGCCUCUUCGCCUGCACGGCCGCAGAGCAGAACAGCCUAGAGCUGCUCGAGGACAUCAUCCGGUACGGAGGAGACGUGACGGCGGCGGCCAAGAGGGACGGUAACACAGCCCUCCACCGAGCCGUCUGCGAUGGGAACCUGCAGUUGGUGGAGUUUCUGCUCGAACACAGAGCCGACAUGGACAAGCCAGACCAUCAGGGCUGGACUCCCAGGAGACUGGCGGAUCAGCAAAGCCACGACGAAAUUAAAGCCCUAUUUGAAGGCAAGAAAACCUCGGAUCCCAUCUCUGGCGCACCGCUCUCCUCUGAACUGAGGAGGUUGAGCAGCGAGCCCAUCGUACCUAUCGUGGCCGAUGCGAUCAGGCCGCCAUCGCAGGACGGGCCGCCGGAGAAGAGCGAGCGGGCACGGCGGGCCAACUUCCACAACUCGCUCUUCGGGAUCAUAUCAACUGCCAACUUCGGCAGGACGCAGGGCCACAGCGGCAUGCUCUCGUCCGUCGCUGGCCCUCCGAGGCCAAUGCUUGGCGGCAGCGGCAGGGGCCGUGGAAACCAACAGCGCAUGAAUCUGCUGCGGGUAACGAUCAGCUGCCCCGAGCGGGGCGAGGCAGCGGACAAGCUCGUGCUGCUGCCGGAUUCGCUGCAGGAGCUCCUCGACAUCGGGUCGAAAAAGUUUGGCUUCUCGGCAAGCAAAGUGCUCACGGCGGAUGGCGCCGAGAUCGAUGACGUGAAACUGAUAAGAGAUGGUGAUCGUCUCGUUCUGGUUGGGGGAGGUUCCGUCGCGGCCACGAGACAUGAUUGAAACACGCUUCCUCAGUGAACUUGCUAUGUUACGAAGACCGCAUCGUCCAUCACGUAAAACAGGAACUCAACCAUUGAGCAACCUGACCUGAGCUUGCUGCAGUUCUAUGAGCCACUUCAGCAACACUGGGUCUCUUCUCCUUUUUCUUUUUCUUAAAUGCUUCACGAUGGAUGUAAGGAGAGUUGCAGAAGAGUUGUAUCUCGUCCUUCCCUUUCUGUCUGUACAUGGGAGUCGUCAAUAUGAUCGAUCUUGUUGAAAAAUAUUUCUCAUUCAGCUUAUGAGCUUUUCAGUUAUUUUGA